AUGAGGAAGCCCAGUUGGCGUCGGAUCGGCCCCUCCAAAACACCGUGGAUGCGGUGCAGGCAGGAACCUACCCAGAACAAUAUGGCUUACACUAAUAUUCAAUUGGAAGCCCGGAGAGGCAAUGCCUGCCUCGACCUGUGGACUAUGGCUGUCUGGCUGUGUUUCGGUGUUGUGUCGUAUUGA